AGAAGAGACAGGACUGAAACUAGAGUCAACAGGAUGACCACACAGCUGAUGAAGAGACAAGAAUGAAAUGAAUGAUCAGUGGCACAACGCAGUCAGGCUCAGACUCAGAUACGCUGCAUCAAUUACCAUCAGACAUUUGCUUCAUAAGAGGCACGAUGAAUGCUGGAGAAGUGAUUUACACGCUGGUGGAAGUGCUCAUCGCUGUUAGCUGCUGUCUCGGUAACUUGUUGGUUAUUUUGGCGCUGUGGACCAGUAAAAGCAUUCAGCAGCCCACCUUCUGCCUUAUUGUGUCUCUGGCUGUGGCUGACUUCAUGGUUGGCUGCGUGGCCAUACCACUGGCUGUUGUUGUUGAUGGACGAGUGAAGACUUCAUUCCACGCUUGUCUCUUCAUCAGCUGUGUGGUCAUCCUGUUGACUCUAGUUUCAGUCCUGUCUCUUCUGGCUAUUGCAGUGGACCGGUUCUUCCGGGUGUACGUCCCUCUCAGGUAUAAAAGGACUGUAACCCAGAGACAUUCUUGUCUGGUGGUCGCUGCAUGUUGGCUUGUUGCAGUGCCACUGAGCUUCACUCCCAUGCUCGGAUGGUACAACCACAAAAACCUGUCAGAGUCUGUCAAUUCUACAAUCGUCUGCCAGUUCAUAGCCGUCAUCCCCAUGUCGUACCUGGUGUACUUCAACUUUUUCCUCUGCACCUUCACACCUCUGUUGGUGAUGAUUGUAUUGUACAGCUAUAUCUUCUGUUCUGUUCGAGGCAACCUUCGAGAGAAACCAGGCAGUGUUACCCCACAACAGUCUGAGAGCUACAUGAAGAAAGAGAAGGAGCUUGCACGAUCUCUGUCCCUGGUCUUGGCUCUGUUUGCUCUGUCCUGGCUCCCUCUCCACUUAAUGAACUGCAUUGUUUACUUUGGUAAACCAACUGAUGUGCCGAUCUUAGCGUUCCAUGUUGGCAUUGUGCUUUCUCAUGUUAACUCAGCUGUCAACCCAGUUGUGUAUGCAUUCAAAAUACAGAAAAUCAAGACGGCAUUUCUGAGGAUCUGGAGACAAUAUCUUUCGUGUGCAGCAGAAAAUCAAGGAUCUCAGACAAGUCAGACAACAGACAACAAUCCCAGCAGCAAUGUUAACAGUGUGACCAACAAUGACUGAAUGUAGAUUUCUUUGUUUUUCGGAGCAAGUUUGACUGAUAGACUUUUUAUAACAUGUUAGAUGCAUUUGAAUUCAACAGCAUUUUUUUCAUUGAUAAAAGUGUGCAUGGAUACAGCAAACAAAUCUAUCCAUAAACACUGAAUGCUCUGUCAUAAGCAGGACUCUGUGUUCUGUGCAUAUGUGGAGGAGUUCAUGUGUCUGCAUGUAUUGCGAAAACUGUCGCAGAGGAAAAGGGUAACUUCCACUUGUCUUGAAAGCUUUAAGUUUUACACGAAGUUUCAUAUCACUGUUCUUUUUCUGUUUCUGUUCACGUUUCAGAUCUUCAUUUCAACAGAAAAUGCACUCUGUCUUAAAAAUGACAUUCAAUAUCCUUAACGCUAUGUAUUCAAUUUAAAUUCAACAUAGCUAAACCAGGUCUGUGGUGAUGAAGUCAGAUAUCUGGGAAUGGAAUGCAAAACAUCAUCCUUGCAAAAGUAAUUUUUUAAACCUUUGCUUAGUGAUUGUUCUCACUUUAACAGGUAUGUGUUAAGUCAGCUCUCCUGCAUUCUGCUGUUGUUUUUAAUCAUAAAUGUUUGUAAUAUUUUGUUCCCACAUGUAUAUGGAAGUAGACACAUAUUUCAAAACAGUUUCUCUCUCUCACACAGACACACAUACCGCAAAGUAUAACCACAAAUAUGACAAAAGAGUUUGAGCGAGUAUUGACACAAUUGCAGCAAGCACUGGGAGUUUUUAUUGCAAUGCCAUACAGAUGCUAGUUGUACUUCUUAACUAGAAGUACCACCACAAUUACCAAAUGAAGUAAACAGUGCACUGUACAGACUUUAUUACACACCAUCUCUUUCUAUGCAAUGUUAGGAUCAUAUAUAUAUAUAUGUACUUUUAAUUUGCAAGCCCUUCUAGACAAACUUCUCUCAUACCUUUGCAAAUGUAUUUCGCAGCACAUUGUCCAAACUUUUUCUUAGAUUACAAGAUGGCGAUGGGAAAGAAAGCUUAUGUGUUUUCUGCCGCAGCUGCCUGAAAUAGUUUACACAAGGAAAUUGUAGAUCUUGAUAAGCCAUGCUGAAUGUAAGGCUUUUGUAAACUUUAUGGUAAAUGAUUCCUUUACUUAAUGUGUCUGAUUGUAAUUAAUUAUAGACAUCUUAAUAAUGACACAUUUUUGUCACUUUUUUUCACUUUUUUAGUAUUGUUUUAUUUGUAUUUUCGACAAAUUACAAGGGUAUUCCUCGUUACAAUAAACAAAAAAAUAGAAUAAAAA